GAUGUAAGAAUGGUCGGGCGCGCGACAUCGAGGAGGGUGUUCUGCGCGGCGCGACCCGGCGCUACGAUCGCAGCUCUCUAUCUAGUCUGAACUUGAACUUUUGGCUGAUGAGCGCGUCGCGGUGCGUAAGCGUGGAAGAAGUCGGAGGCGAGGGGAAGGGGAGAAAGGGAGAGCGGGGUGGUCGGUGGAAACAAACGUGGAGAGGGAGGUCGGUCGAGUUCGGGUCUUCACGGUUGACGUGGAGACUGGCUGCCGGCCGUUCGGCAAGCUUGGAGAGAACUUGGUCUUGAACGGAAGGCGGGAGACUGAAAAAGGCGGGAGACUUAAAAAAAGGCGAAAAAAGAUACGAGUUUGAUUGGAGGAAGGGAUGCUUAGUAAGACGUACAGUCGUUUGCACGAUGCAGAUUCCACGCCAACCUGGAAAAGUCAUGCCACGUCACGGUUUGCGAUCCACCCGUCGGCGGUUGUCGACGGGGCGGAGAAGGAGAGAGUGAAGAAGCCGGUGUAUCUUCAAGUGGAAGAAGCCGCGGGAGAGGGAGAGGAUGAGGUGGUCUCUCCGCUGAGAGGCGGAGGCGGGAGGAAGCAGUCGUUACUGUCACGGCAGUCGACGAUUAGGGUUUUCAAUCCGGCAACGGGAAGCGUGAAGGAGGUGCCCGUGCAGGUGAAGUCGAGGAGGGUGCCUGUCGAACCAAAGGCAGAUCGGUCGGGGUAUGAUGCCUUGGAGAGUGUCUCAGUCGUUGAUAUUACCGACUUGAUCAACGCUUCGGAAGUAACACAUGAUGACGGAAAGAGAUCAACGGGCGCGGCAGGCCCGCGUAUCCCUUCCAGGGAUUCUGUAGUAGAUCUGGGUGACUAUGAGGCGACCCUGCGCGUCAUAUACACCCCGCAGAGCGCGGACCAGACGUUGGAGGAGCGCCUUUCGGACGCCAACUUCCUAAGGGAGGGGUUCCACGUCAGCGAAGAACAGCAUAAGGUGGUCGCUUUGCGCGCUCAGAAAGCAGCGACGUAUCGGAUCGCAGAUGAUCCAGUGGUCUUGCGCUGCCCAGUUUCAGAUGUGGAGAAAACUUAUGAUGCCUUAGUUGGUUUUGCAUUUCGAGCACAGCAGGAAGUUGGCAGCAAGCUGUUGAGCCACAGGUGGCGGAUGAUUCUUCAAAAUUUUGUGCAUUACUAUCGCAUACGAGAGCUUCGGGGUGCUUUGGGGAUUGUCCAGGCUAUGACAUCCAUGUUUGAACCAUCUCUGGAAUACCUCACCACGGUAAUCAUGGAGUGGCUGCCUGUCUGCCAAGCAGCCAAAGAUCUGAAGUUGAUGAAGGAAGAGUUGAAGCUUCACACAAGUAUAGCUGCAAUCUUCUGUAUUGACAUAUUGAAGAAGUGCAUGUCUAUGUUGACAAGUCACAAUUUUUGUGCCUUGCGCAGUGACAUGAAGGUGUUCCUCUUUCAAGUCUGGCACUGCGAAAACCACCAUACUCCAGGUCUAUCGCCAUCUCAAUCAAGGGACAGAGAUAGGGAUAGUGAUGGGAGUGAUGAAAGUGGCUCAUUCAAGGCUCCUAGCAGGGUUCACAAGAUUUCUAGCUCCUUGAAGAAGCCGUUUCGUCGGCACAAGUCGUCGCGACCAGAUGCUGGUGGUGAUACUCUUCUUGGAUCCGUCACUCUCCGAUUUCAAGACCUUGUUAAAGAUCUUGUUCCGCCAGAUGGCUUUCAAGGAACUGUUGCAAGACGUGGUUAUCCAUUGCGAGAUGAGAAGGGGAAAUCUCUGAAGUCAUUACUGAUCCUGAAGUUUGGGUUCGACAUAGAGAGAUGCCACAGGAGGGAGCCAGAUGAUCCAGUGGUCUUGCGCUGCCCAGUUUCAGAUGUGGAGAAAACUUAUGAUGCCUUAGUUGGUUUUGCAUUUCGAGCACAGCAGGAAGUUGGCAGCAAGCUGUUGAGCCACAGGUGGCGGAUGAUUCUUCAAAAUUUUGUGCAUUACUAUCGCAUACGAGAGCUUCGGGGUGCUUUGGGGAUUGUCCAGGCUAUGACAUCCAUGUUUGAACCAUCUCUGGAAUACCUCACCACGGUAAUCAUGGAGUGGCUGCCUGUCUGCCAAGCAGCCAAAGAUCUGAAGUUGAUGAAGGAAGAGUUGAAGCUUCACACAAGUAUAGCUGCAACUCUGGUGAAGAAGGCGGUUGAUGCAAUUGAGAGCUUUCCAGACACUUUUAGGGAGAACAAGCCUGAGGGUGCACUGGAACUCCUGAUCAAGCUUUUGGCCCUCGUCCUUCGCUGGGAUCCUGACCCAAAUGAGCUUGUAGUGCCUCUGGCAACAUGGAUCGAGAGGUCUUGUGAAAUCCGAUUUGCACGCUAUUUGUUCGGUGCGUCUUCUGAGGAUGCGAGGAAGGGAUCUUCAGGGAAUUCAGUUGAGUCUUCGGCGAAGUUUGUUGAGACAAUCGAAAGCAUCCGGAAGGACCUUGAGGAGUACAAAGUGUUUGAGGGCUCAUUCCCCAAAGGGUUCAACCUGCGCGCUAUAGCAGGUGUCGCCUACUAUAGACUCAUCAGUACAAGACUGAAGACAUACCUCGAAAGGUCUAUGAUUAAGUCCUUCACCAAGGAGUAUGGGGCAGUAGCCAUGGAGUUGUCGGAACUCAACAGGGUCAUGAAAAAGAUAGACUGCCAAGUGCAUCUCAUAGAUGUGCACACGCUUUUCAAGCCAUACAUCUUGAAGUCAAUCACAGACACGAAGCCGAGAUUGAUAGACUGGAUUAGCUCAACCUUGUUCACUGAGAACUGGGAGCCGCUCAACCCUGACAGGAACGCGUUCUACUCCAUUUCAAUCAUUGAUUUGUUCACAAUGAUGGAGCAAGUUGCGGAUGAGCUCACAAGUAGGAUCAUUCGGCUCCCUUUCGGCCACCUGUAUGCAGCACAAGUGGAAGCCACAAUUGUUGCAGCUCUUCAGACGUACGUUGUGGUACUUGAGAAGUUGUGUUUGCAGGAGCUUCCAGCUGAACAGGACGAAGCACAUACAGGGGUGCUGACAAGCCUGUUCCGAAUCAACACAGAUAAUAAGCCUGUCAAUACUGCGCCACUAUCCAUCACAAAGUCUCUAUGCAUCAAGGUUAUUGCCCAUGCUCCUUAUGAGGACGAUUUGUCGCCAUUUGAAGUGAUAAACAAGUGCCUGAAGCCAGAUGAGCCAAGAGUUGGAGAUCAUUUCCGUGCCUUGCAGUCAGCCAUCAACCUCACAUACAUGAAUGUCGUUGGAUCCAUUGUAGAAAACAUGCAGAACCGUAUUGCCAGUGAGCUUCUCCACAUUUCAAACAUAGGUGACGGAGAAAGUCUGGACGAACGCAUGAUCCCACUUCAGAAUUAUUUGAGUGACCAUCUCAUGGUCAUGAACCAAUGGCUGUGUCCAAGUGUGCUCCGUCUUACGGUGAGGAAAGUAGCUUCUGCUGUCCUCUAUUGCUUAGAGGAGUUUGCACUCAAUCGGGAUGAUGAUCCACACCCAAUGACUUUGGAACAACGAAGGAACAUAGAAGGGGAGCUGAACAUUAUCUACGACUUCUUCUACAGUGGAGGACAAGGCUUGGAAAAGUCGUGGAUGGAGAUGGAGAGUCGCCGGCUGCGUCGAAUCCUGGAGUGCUGGGACAUGAGCACGAUGGAGCUUUGCACCGUGUACUGGCUCGUCUGGGAUCGGUUCAACAACCAGAGAGAGGAGCGGGUGCUCGCAGACAGUAAGAGAUUUAAUGAAGAUCCAAGAUGGUCUGCAUCCAUGGAUGACAGAUAUUUAUCGGUUGCAGACCAAGAUGCAAAGAAUGCUGAACUUCACCUUCUCGACCUGUUAUGCUUGCUCCGGCAAAGGUCAAAUGACGAGGAAGCGAGGCAUGUGGUUGAGACACAAAUGUCCCUUGCGCAUAAUAGCAUGAUGCAGUACAUAUUCAGGCUUCCGAAGAACGAGCAGCUGGUGGCAUCCUUUCCUUGCAGAGACUUCCAGAAAGUCAUGGGGACCAUGUAUAUCACCAAGAAGCGUAUUUGCUUUGCGCCGACAACAGUCAGUGAGAGUGAUGAAACAAAGACUAUCAAUGUGCUCAUGGAGAGAAUCAUGCGAGUGGAAGCAAGCGAAAAUGCCACAGUUUUGAUCACAAAGUUCAAUUCUCGGCCGAUGAAAUUCAGCGCAUUCGAAAACAAGGAGGAGGUUUGCCGGACAGUCUAUGCUCAGGUGAAGGGAACAGGCAUCUAUCUGGAGAGUUACUUGGCACAGUUUUGGGAGGACCCAGAUGCAAAGAAAGAAGAGGCCUCAAAGGAUAUCACCCUAAAGAAAUACAAGUGCUCUAAGUAUGGGAUCCUGCGAAAUAGUCCUGGGACAUUGGAGUUGACUGCCACAUUUCUGAUAUUCACGAAAGAUGAUAAUCAAAAGAGGUCUCAGAUUGAUCAUCGGGCAGUAACUGACGUCCAUGCCAAGAGAGGUGGCCUGAGGGCCAGCGGGGUCGUUGUGGAGCUGAAGUCUGGAGACUCGGUGCCACCGUUGGUCACUGACUCUGUCUGUUGAACCAACACUUUGUUCAUGAGCAUUUGCUGGAGGGUUGUUGCUCAGUGGCUUCUGGGUGUAGGCCUACUACUACAUGGAUGAAUUCCGUGGAUGGCUGGUAAUGUUUCUUUCUCAAUGAGCAAUUGCCAGUCCGUCAUUGCCGCAUAGCUUCACAGAGUUUGUGAUCUUCCCCACUAUCAGCUUCCUAGCUGACGUGRAUGGUGCAGCAGCGGGAUGGGCAGGAGGACUCAGCUUGGAGAGUGUGCGUGGGUAGCUUAUCUCUGUAGGCCUUUUAUAUGGAGUGGCGAUUGCUUUGGCAGCAGGAGUUCACAUUGCCUGGGUGGCUGUUAAUGUUUCUUUCCCGACGAGCAAGUACCGUUCCGUCAAGUCUUCCCCACGAUGAGCUUCCUGUUUGACCCGGAACUUGCUGCAGGGGGUUGGGCAGGAGGACGCGGCUAGCAGAGUGUGCGGGGCUUUGUAGUCAUUGCAAGCUGCUGAGCUUCAAAGGACGUUUGUUAAAUGUUUGCAUGAAACAGCAAUUUAAUAGCUACGAAGCAAUGGUUGRUACGCASAGGCCAUUCAUCGCGCUUCCAUAUUACGACGCUACACACAUAUCUCUCCACAUCAGCAUGGUGCUUCCUCACUCUUUGGCUGUGCGGUSACCUGCCUGKAGUGGCUGCUUGGAAGUGGAUUGUCGYUUGGUAUUUUGGCAUCUGGCGAUCAGAGACCAUAUGRUUUGCGAUCAGGCCUGGUGCUGGUGAUGAGGGAGGGCAUUGUUUCAGUGCUCUGCAAGUGUGAGAGAAUUUAAAGUGCUUGGCACAAUUGCAGACGAUUGGUCAAAUCCCUCAGUAGUGAGAACCAGCAUCUCAAUGCAUUUGUUUCCAGAUGAUGACAGGAAUACCUCUAAUUUGAGGUCUGCACACUUUGGCUGGCUACUCAUGGUGAGAGGAACCCUGUCGAACUAUUGUGUGUGGUUUAAUCAUUGCGGCGAAGGCAGUCGUGACUUUGGGCUCUCAUGGUGAGGUGAUCCCUGUUCAAACUAUUGUGUGCUUACUCACUGCAGCAAAGGCAGUGUCGCCAACUCUUACAGAGUUGCUAACGACUCCUAUGACGGGAAUGAGGACAGGAACAUGGACGGAAACAAGGACAGGAACUUGGACAGGAACUUGGACAGGAACAUGGACGGGAACAAGGAUGGGAACAAGAACGUGGACAGCAGUAACAACAGCAGCAACAAGACAUUGUGAUGGAGCAAACUGCUGGCAGGGAUUGCAGAACAUGUGGAGCCGACAUCUCCUCUAUGGAGACUUGGCAUGUCCCACUGGGUAUCAACUUUCAAGUGAGUGUCAUUUACACAGUCUACAAAAGAGCAAGCAGUUGUGUUGGGGGGGCGGGUAUUGUUAAGCGGACGCAGCACAGAGGGAAGAUGAAAGUGUAAAUGUGUUCUCGUUCUUCAACAUUGGGGAAUCAAAAGUGGAAAGUUCA